AUGACGAAGGUGAUGCCGAAGACGAAGGAGAUGAAGGAGACGUUGCAGACGGUUAUGGUCAGCGUCCUAAACCUCCUGCCUCGUCUUCCUGUCGCGAUUGUCGUGGAGCACCGCUGCCCAAGGGACGACUCCGAGACCACACAUGACACACGCACCGAGUGGCUCAACAUGUUUGAUGGCUGCCGAGAGCAGGGCGCCCAGACGAACGCGUUCGACAUGGACCUCCAGAUGUUGCAGGGUCCUGAGGCCUUGCUUCGCGCCCUCCCUCAAGCUGCUGCUGCCAAUCUGAUGGAGCAGAUCCGUUUGGUCACGCGGGCGUCGCAUUACAGCGUUGGCUUGUUUGUGGAGAUGUUCCUCCUCAGCCUGAUACCGCUCAUCUUCCUGUUAUUCCUGAUGAUGAUGAGCUUGCUGACCCAUGUGGCGAACCUGGCAGGGAUAGUUGUUCUGGAUGCGUCGCUCUUCCUGGUGAAC